ACUGCAGGGACCCUGCAGGGGGGGGAACUUGGGGGGAGAAUCACACCUCAGAACGAGGUAAGACUAUGAAGAGCGAAAGGAGAGUAUGGUUUUGAGGUUUCCUGACCCCCUGGAGGAUUCCUCUGUCCAGCCUGUCUCUGCUCCUCCCAAACUUAAACACAAUCCACUUCUACCCCUACUGCCCUUACUGGCCACCUUGGGCCCUCCUCUCCACCUGUGCUUCUGCUCCGUACCCUAUGCCACACACACAUCCCAAAAUUCCUCUUGUACCCAGGAGCGUCUCAGUUUCCAGACUCUGGUCAGCACGUCCGGUUCUGGGGUGAAGUCAGACAGGGCCCCCCUCUUUGCCCUCAAACAGGAACCAGUGGUUAUAGGGCAGGAAGUGCCUGAGGGGAAGUGAUGGGGCCCCAGAUACUCCUCCAUGCCCCACUUCAGCCCAUCAGUGUCUGCCUCUGGGAAGCAGUUCUCCACUUCAGCCAAAUAGGGAUCCCCCUCCCCCGACUUGCCCUGGAGCUGAGGGAAUGGCCUCAGCUGCUAAGUGGCACUGGAUGCUGUUCUCCCUACUUUCCCUCCAGUCCCCACAUGCACUGCAGACCCUGGCUCCUCCUCCUCCAUCAGCCCCCUCACCAGAACCUAGAACUGUCAGGUGUUGGAGAGGCCCCUGUGAACCACCUGGUCAGUCUGGGGCAGAGGAAAGGGGAUGGGCUCUGGAGCUGGACAGAGCUGGGGUUCUAUAGCUGGACAGAGCUGGCCUUGAACCCCAGCUCUGUCACUUCCAGGCGGGAUGUACUUGUAAGAGUCUGUGAUAGAGUUUCAGGUUCCUCAGGGAGGUGGGCACCACAGGACCCUACAUUGUCAUGGGGAUUAGCAGUGACAAAUGGAAAGUGCCUAGUUCGGGGUUGGACAUAAAUGAGGCUCCUCAACCUGGGAAGAUUGUAAGUUUACAGAUGAGGAACUUGAGGCAUGUGACUCACCCCAGGACAUUUAGCCUGGCAGAGUCUGGGCUAGAUUUCCUCACCUUCAGGCCAGUCUUCAGUCCCCAACCCAAUGGCAGUUUGUGAGGAGCUCAUGCAGGGUGGGCAGGGCCUCUCAGGACCAACAUGCAAGUGGGCAAGGGACUUCACAGGGAGGCCCAGAGACAGCAGGGAUGGCAGAGGAGCCUCGGAGGAGCGCGAGGACAGCAAUGUCUUUACCUGUAUGUGGGCUUUGGGCUGGGGGUGCUCCUGCUCCUGGUUGUGGUUGUACUGUCUGCCUGUCUGUGUUGGCUCCAUCGGAGAGUGAGGAAGCUGGAGAGGAGCCUUGCCCAGGUCUCGGUGCAGGAGCUCCACUAUGCAUCUCUGCAGAGGCUGCCCUGCGGUGAGGGGCGUGACCUUGGCAACAGAGAAAGGGAAGGCUCCAAGGAAGACCCUAGCUCCGACUACACCUGCAUUUACCAGAACAAAACCACCUGAGCACCCCCAGACACUGCCCUCAACCUAGGCGGGUGGUGUCCUGUGGUUCACCCAGUAAAGUCGGUGGUCUGGCCACCUUCUGUGUCUCAGGCUUCUCAAUCUAUCUCAAGCCCCCAUUCAACAUGGCCACCAUCAAAACUUAAGCGACUUACCCUCUCACCUUGUCUGGGGUCAAGUAGUGAUUUAGUGGGAGAAGGAUGUUUAGGGACCCAAGCUCACCUGAAGGCCAGAAAAGAGUACAGUAGUGCCCACCCCACCCCCCACCUUAUCUGUAGUUUCAGUUACCCAUGGUCGACCAUGGUCCGAAAAUAUUAAAUAGAAAAUUCCAGAAAUAAACAAUUCAUAAGUUUUAAAUUGCACACCACUCUGAGUAUUGGAAUGAAAUUUUAUGCUGUCCCGCUUUGUCCUGCCCGGGACGUAACUCAUCCCUUUAUUCCGCCUAUCCACACUAUAGAUGCUACCUGCCUGUUAGUCACUUAGUCGCCGUCCCAGUUAUAAAGUUGACUGUUGAGGGACUGCAGUGUUUGUGUUCAAGUCACCCUUACAGUACCCUAAUGCUAUGUCACCGUGCCUCCGUCAUUCACCUCACUUCAUCUCAUCACAUAAGCAGGCAUCGUAUCAUCUCAGAUCAUCACAAGAAGAAGGGUG